CUCACUAAAACCUAACCAGUAACUUCCAACCACCAUCAGUGCGUGUGAGCCCCCACCUCCCACUAUGGAUCCAUACGGCCUUAAAUACGCUCAUGCUCGUGUGUUGCGUAUGUGCGCGUGAGGCCUUUUUUUCUUUUCAUUAUUUUUUUUUCUCUCUUUGCCAAUAAAUUCUCGUCUUUCCCAGCUAAAAGCCCUCUCACCCUACCCAAAGAAAAAACCCUCGUCGUCUUCACGAGACUAUUCUCUCUCAAUCUCUGUCAAAGUUUCGAACAACCAUGGGAGGAGGAAACGGCCAGAAAGCCAAGAUGGCUAGGGAGAAGAACGCUGAGAAGGCUAAAGCUGCCGGAAAGGGAAGCCAGCUCGAUGCUAACAAGAAAGCUAUGUCGAUUCAGUGCAAGGUGUGUAUGCAGACAUUCAUCUGUACAACUUCUGAGGUGAAAUGCAGGGAGCAUGCCGAAGCAAAGCACCCCAAGUCUGACAUUUAUGUGUGCUUCCCCCAUCUCAAGAAAUGAAGAGAGUUUGCAUGUACAGGAGGAGAGAACGUGUUAGAGUUGAGUUGGUUGGAAUACCAUCAGCAUCUCCAGUCUCCUCUCUAUAUCAUUAGAUUAAGUCCUUUAAGUUUGUUAUUCCUAAGGAAUCCAGACUGAUACCUGGUACCUUAUAUAUUAUGUAUGAUGAUAUCUACACAUCCUAUAAUUCAACCAGCAUGGAUUGUUCUUUGAAUGAAUCCUCGUCACUGCAGAAUUUGUCUUCAGUUUUACAAUGUGGCUCAGGCUCAGUCUCAGUCUCAGUCUCGUAUAAUUGUUUACAAUCUAUCAGUCUAAUAUAUCAUGAUAGGCGGUGCCAUAUAUUCUUAG